AUGCUCGUGUCGGUCCGGUCUGAAUUGGCCCAGGCGGAGAGCCGUAUCGUGACUGAGCACCACAAGGCGGGAGUCGCGGAGGCAUCGUCCAAUCAAUUGACGACCGCGCUCCGUAAUGCAGAGAAAGCGUUAGAAGCCAAGUCAUCUGACUUGGCGGCUGCCAAUCAGCGUGAGGCAGUGUCCCGGACGGAGGUCAUUGAAGCGCGCCGUGCAAAGGCUACUGCAGACUCUGAGAUGAACGAGGCGAAAGUUGCGCUGAUGAUGGCCCGGCGCAGUGGCGCCGCGGGCCGUGGCCCAACGGGCGUUAGCCAGGAUACCCUUCGGGUCAAUGACGUCGUCGAUUACGUUGGGUCGGUGUCCGAGUUCAGCGGCCUCGCCGGUGUCAUUGUGAAGGAGGUGUCGCCGCAGACUAACACGGUGGGUGACGAGCGCUAUUGGACCUUGCGGGGCCGUGAGCAGCUGCGCGGAUCCCCAGCGAGCGACCGUGCCCCGAGCGUGUCGUCGGCCGAUCUCGAUCGCUCGCUGUUCUACGCUUGCAUGGCCGCAGCGUACAUCGCGUGCCCCAGCAAUGGCGAAGCGAUCGCCGCGCUGUCCUUGGACCUUUCGACCAACGACAGCUUCCGUACAGACUGCGGUACUGAGCUCAUCAACAGCGAUCGUAAGAGCAUCUGUGACAUGAUGACCCAGUCCGGGUUCCGCAGCCUCGAUGACGUGCGCAUGAUCAAUGACCACGCCAUCCAGGAGCUAAAGGACCCGGUGAAGGACUUCAGGAAACUGAUGCAGGACACCGUCAAAAACCCAGCGGCGACCGUGCCCGCGCGGAAGGAGGCCGAGGCCUGCCUGAACAGGGCUGACAACGUGAGCUCCUGGCGCCAGGUGUUCUUCUACAUCAUCGACGCGGCGGUCUGGACCGGCAGGUGGUCGCGUGCCGUGGAGCUGCUGGAGGACUUCGUGGAGAUGGGCAUGUCGCCGUGCCCCAAGACCGGCUGCACCCCCAGCAGCAGCAGGGGCAGGCAGCGGCAUGGGUCCAGCUAUCGGCGGCGACCCCUCUCCCAGCUCAAGCAGGCUGCGCGCCCCGCCCUGCUUUUACGUGCCCCCGUUUUGCGGGGCUCGGUGGCCAAGGCAGCGCUGGCCGACGGCUGCCGAUGGUCUGGGUCGCGGGCGCCGCUGCGUCGCGCGCGUGGAGGCCCCCACGCUGGAGGGCAGAGCCUGCCUGAUUCUGGAAGGUCAGUCAGUCUCUGGGGCCUGUGCCAGAUACCGUUCUCACGUUCUGGCCGCCGCGAGCGUCCUGAGGCACACGGGUGCAGUUGCGCGUCUAGAGAUUCGUUCGGGGCGGAUGCUUCCGUGGGCAUCACGGUCGCUGCGUUCGCGCAGCACAACAGGGUCGGAGAAAGGGCAGAUCGGUUUGCGGUAUGUUCCUGGUGUACACCCUAGGCGAU